AUGAGCGCUUUCCAGCAGAACGGCGAUCGCCCCGUCCGCGCCAUCGACGACGACAGCGACGUUGAGGAGGAAGCACUGGUCAAUGACUACAAGGAGCAAGUCCAAUAUGAGGAUGGCAUGGGCGAGGACCUGGAGCGCGUCAGCUCCUUGUCCAUGGCUCAGCAGCAGGAUGAUAUUCAGUCGAGACUCGUCGCCGCUGCCCAGCCUUUGGACUUCUCUGCUCCUCUCGAGGUCAAGUUCCAGAGCUACGACUCAUACUGCAACCUUUUCCAUUUCAUCCUGAACUCCGAAGGCCCCGUCGACCUGGAGCCGCCGUCCUACUACUGGGCCUGGGAUGUCAUCGAUGAGUUCAUCUAUCAGUUCAACUCAUUCUCCUCGUACAGAAUGAGACUUGCACGUCAACCGAGGGACAACGAGGAGGAGCGUCAGAUUCUUAAGGAGAACCCGAACACCUGGGGUACCUACAGCGUGCUCAACGUGCUAUACUCCUUGAUUCAGCGGUCGCAGAUUGUUGAGCAACUUGCAGCCAUGAAGCGCAACGAGGACCCCGCCGCCGUCGCCGGCGAGUACGGUUCCAAGAACCUCUACAAGAUGCUGGGCUACUUCUCCAUCAUCGGUCUCCUGCGGGUCCACUGUCUUCUCGGAGACUUCAGCCUUGCCCUCAAGACCCUCGACGACAUUGAGCUCAACAAGAAGGCCAUGUUCGCCCGUGUCAUGGCUGCUCAUUUCACCACGUAUUACUACGUCGGUUUCUCUUACAUGAUGAUGCACCGAUAUGCCGAUGCCAUCCGCAUGUUCAGCCACAUUCUCGUCUACGUCUCGAGGACGAAGAACUUCCAGAAGAACGCUCAGUACGACUCGAUCACCAAGAAGAACGACCAGAUGUACGCACUGAUCGCUAUCUGCGUAGCCUUCCACCCCACUCGUCUCGACGACACUAUCCACACUGCUCUCCGUGAGAAGUAUGGCGACCAGCUCCUGAAGCUGCAGCGUGGUGGUCCCGAGUCUCUCCCCAUCUUCGAGGAGCUUUUCAAGACUGCUUGCCCCAAGUUCAUUUCUCCCAUCGCCCCCGAUUUCGAGAACCCCGAGUCCAAUGUUGACCCUAUGGACCACCAUCUGUCCAUCUUCAUGGAUGAGGUCAAGACCAACAUGUUCAACCCGACCGUUCGGUCUUACCUCCGCCUGUACACCACUAUGGACUUGAAGAAGCUCGCUGGUUUCCUCGAGGUGCAACCCGAGGAGCUGCGCUCGUACCUGUUGGUCAACAAGCUGCGCACAAAGCAGCUGCGAUGGGCUGACCAGGGCCUGUUGGAUGGCGAAUGGGUCAAUGUUAGCGACCUAGACUACGCUUUACAGGGAGACUUGAUUCACAUUUCUGAGGCCAAGGUGGGACGAAAGCUGGUGGACUGGUAUCUGCGUAACCUCUCAAGAACAUACAACUGA